AUGAACGCCAGUCAUAUCGCCAAAGCCAGAUGGCGCUGUCUUUCUUCUCAAGGUCCAACGGGUCAGGGUCACCCAGGCUCAUUCCGAGGCACCGAAACACCACCACCACUGCCGCCCACUGCCAGCAUGUCGUGUCCAUUGACAAGCCAACGAGAGCGACAUUGCCCCGUGUGUCUGCAGGCAGCCAGCUUGCCCGUACAGACCAACUGUGGACAUUUAUUCUGUGCAUCAUGUUUAAUCACCUACUGGAGGCACGGCCCAUGGUUAGAUGCAGUCAACUGCCCUCUCUGUAGACAGAAGGUGAGCGUAAUGUGUCAGCUCUUUAGCGAGAGUCGACUGGACCGUCAGUCCAAAGAUGUAGCGGGCCAAAUCAGCGACUACAACAAACGCUAUUCGGGUGCGCCCAGACGGAUACGAGACUACCUGUCAGACGCGCCCCUCCUUCUUCAGCUGGCGAUCCGUGGCUUGGGUACCCUAGGCGGUCUGGUUUGGCUGUUCUUCCUGAGGGUGGCGCUGUGUUGUGUGGGGACGGCAGUCUCCAUGGCCUCACCCUCAGGUUCCCCGAAAGCGCCCACGUCUCUCUGUGGCCUCUUGGGACUGCUAGACGAUCUAGUGGUUGUGGUCCUUCUCCUCCUAUGCGUCCUCAACGUCAAUCAUCAGAUGGUGCCAGAAAGAGGCCGAUCACAAACCGCACCGGUGGUGAUCACUUAG